AUGAUUCAAGUGUUACAGAUUGUGAAGGAGCUAGUGUCGCCAGCAAGACGUAGAACAGAUGCUGUGAAGAAAGAUUCAGAUGCCCAGCAGGAUGCUGCUAUCAAACUUGCCCAAGAACGAGCUGAGAUAGUUGCCAAGUAUGACAAAGGACGAGAGGGUGCCCAGAUUGAACCUUGGGAAGAUGCAGACUACCUUCUUUACAAAGUCACAGAUAGAUUUGGUUUUCUACAUACAGAGGAGCUUCCUUUUCAUGAUGCAGCAAUAGAAAGGCAAAAGCACCUUGAAAUUGAAAGAACUACAAAAUGGCUAAAAAUGCUGAAGAGCUGGGAAAAAUAUAAGAACAGCGAAAAGUUCCAUAGGAGAAUUUAUAAAGGAAUCCCACUGCAGCUGAGAGGUGAAAUCUGGUGUUUACUACUUGAUGUCCCUAAAAUGAAAGAAGAAAUGAAAGACUUUUAUAAUAAAUUAAAACAUCGAGCACGAGGGUCUUCACCAGAUAUCAGGCAAAUCGAUCUUGAUGUAAAUCGAACAUAUAGGGAUCAUAUCAUGUUUAGAGACAGAUAUGGUGUUAAGCAACAAUCCUUAUUCCAUGUUUUAGCUGCAUAUUCAAUAUAUAAUACGGAGGUUGGAUACUGUCAGGGAAUGAGCCAGAUCACAGCUUUACUCCUCAUGUACAUGAAUGAAGAAGAUGCCUUUUGGGCCCUGGUGAAACUACUCUCAGGUCCUAAACAUGCUAUGCAUGGCUUUUUUGUUCCUGGUUUUCCAAAACUGUUGCGGUUUCAAGAACAUCAUGAGAAAAUAUUGAAGAAGUUUUUGUCUAAACUUAAGCAACACUUCGACUCCCAGGAGAUCUCCACGAGCUUUUACACAAUGAAGUGGUUUUUUCAGUGUUUCCUUGAUCGUACUCCCUUUACAUUAACUCUCAGGAUAUGGGAUAUCUACAUACUUGAAGGAGAGCGAGUUCUCACUGCUAUGUCUUACACAAUUCUGAAACUACAUAGAAAACAUCUGCUGAAAUUACAAAUGGAAGAACUUGUAGAAUUUCUUCAGGAGACUCUAGCCAAGGAUUUCUUCUUAGAAGAUGACUUUGUAAUAGAGCAGCUCCAAAAUUCAAUGUCUGAACUGAAACGAGCAAAGUUGGAUCUACCAGCAGCUGGUAAAGAAGAUGAAUUUCCAAAGAAGCCGUUGGGACAAAUUCCAUUGGAACCUCAGCCUGCCAUGCUUAAUCUUACUCAUAUGCUCAAUGGACAGAGCAACACUAGUAUUUCAAGAACACAGACAGCAAGAAGGACAGAAAGGAGACUAUCUCCUGAAAAAGUACAAGAAGAUUCACCAAAUAACCGAAGAAGAAUUAAUUCACUGGAAAAGAAGCCUUCUUUAAAACAACAAAAGCCUGGACCAGUAGUCCGGAGUGAGCUAUCUAAGAAUGACGUAGAUAUCAGAAAAAAGCCUCAGUCAACAGUACAAGACAGUUCUAGACAAUAUAACAAUGCAGCUGCUAACCAAAAUUCUAAUGCUACUUCAGGUACAAGAAGGGAAUUUGUACCUAAAUGGAAUAAACCUUCAGAUAUCAAAGUUAUUGAAAAGACUACUAAACUUACCGUGGAGGUAAAAGGUAGGUCAGUAAACCAUGCUAUUUCAGGCACGCCACCAAGUCCUGGUGAACCACAGCCAUUGAAUGUAAAGCAAAAGAUGAGGGGUUUGGAUGCUGAUGGAGGUAAGCGAGGGUCUAAUGCAUCGCAGUAUGACAAUAUUCCAGGUGUUGACCAUGAGAAUGAGAAUCCUGUUGAGGAGAUGCUAGAAAGAGCUCAUCCGCAAAGUCCCAGGAAUGUAACAUACUCUAGUAGUCCUAGAAAGCAAGGUGCAAAAAUUCCUGGCCCACUAAAAAUAUCCAACAAUUAUGCCAUCAGUUCCCAACAGAGAAGCCCAAGAUAUUCAUCUCAGUCUGAUGGGUCAGAUCACAGAUCAAAUGUUAAACAGCCACCACCAUCUUAUAGUAACCCACCUACGUACCAUGGAAACACUCCAAAGCAUGCCUCCGGCGCAAUUAGUGCAAGUUUUGUACCUUCACAGUAUAAUCAUGGGAAUCGAACCAACACUUCUGGUAGACCAUAUGGUUCUAUUUUUUCAACAGAUUUUUCUCCAGAUAAACCACAUAUGAACUCUUAUCCUGCCAAUCGCCAAAAUCCUAUUUCUCCACCUUCUAGUCGAAUAGAAGUCUUACCUGUUGAUGCCUAUCCUGGCAACUCUAGAUCACCCUCAGGUGUCAAAUUUAUAAUUCCUCCAGUGGAUUAUUUGCCAGACAACAGAAAGAGGCCGGAUGCUGCUUAUAUGUACAGACAUGAGAUAUACAGGCAGCCCUGGAACCAAGAUGCUAACCAAGGCCACUUGGGUAAUUUACAGAAGUAUGCAGCCAGUCAGCCAACACCUUUUCAGGACCAUAAUCUUCCAACUGUUUCUGUGGAUAGUCCAAUAAGAUAUAGGACUUCACCAACCUUGGAAGAACAUGGUUCAGCACAAUAUCAAUAUUCAGGCCCACCAGCCCCUGCCCAGCACUACAGAAACCAAAAUGAUGGGAUGUCUAUGCAUGAAUCAGUGCUUCUGUGA